AUGGGAUGUAACAUGUGUGUGGUGGAAAAGCCUGAAGAACAAUAUAGGGUCAUGCUUCAGGUGAAUGGUCGGGAGUUGUCCCGUCUCUCACAGGAGCAGACCCUUGAAGCCCUGAGGUGCUCCAAAGAGCCUCUGGUCAUCCAGGUGUUGCGGCGCAGUCCCCGCAGCCGGGGUGGUGCCAGUGAGGGAACCGCCCUCCAAGGGGACCCCACAACGUUGGUGGACAGUGGAACUCAGACGGACAUCACCUUUGAACAUCUAAUGGGGCUAGGCAGGAUGCGGCCCCCAAGCCCCCCAGCUGUGACACUGGAACCUUAUGGGCUGCCUGAUCUCCCCUCGAUCGGGCAUGAAUAUUAUGACCCUGUGGAAUUCAUGGAAGGAGGCGCCCCAGAGACUGAGCGGGCAGAGGAGCUGGAAUAUGAGGAGGUGGAGUUGUACAAAUCCAGUCACCGGGACAAGCUGGGCCUGAUGGUUUGUUACCGAACUGAUGACGAGGACGAUGUAGGCAUCUACGUUGGAGAGGUAAAUCCUAACAGCAUUGCUGCCAAGGAUGGACGAAUUCGGGAGGGAGAUCGCAUAAUCCAGAUAAAUGGCAUGGAGGUACAAAAUCGGGAGGAGGCUGUAGCAAUUCUCACCCAGGAGGAGCGUACAAAUAUUUCUCUGCUGCUGGCUAGGCCUGAGACUGAGCUGUCCAAGCGCUGGAAGGACAGUGACCGUGAGGAUUUCCUGGAUGACUUUGGCUCUGAGCAUGAAGCUGGAACAAAACCCCGACAGCUCCUGUCUCCUCCAGACCAACAGGUAUGUGACCCAGAAGGGGAAAAUGAACCUCUACAAGAAAAGCCUCCUGGGGAUCCUGCCACUCCCCUGACUAACAGCCAGGAGCUGGACAGUGGUGUUGGCCGCACCGAUGAAAGCACCCGCAACGAGGAGAGCUCUGAACAUGACCUCCUAGGAGAUGAAGCACCCAGUGUUGCCAACACCCCCGGGAGCCUGCGAAAGUUUGGGUCUAGCCUGCAGCCCCGUGACUUCCACUACAGUAUGGACUCACUGCUGGCAGGAGAACCGCCUAGCGCUGUGGGCACUGACAUGAUGCCAGGGCUUACAGAUGAGGAGUAUGAACGCUACCGUGAGCUGCUGGAGCUUAAGUGUCACCUAGAGAAUGGCAAUGAUCCGGGCCUGAUGAGUGCUGCCCUGGACGUCAACCGCAAUGAGGUAGCCUUGCUCGAGGAGGAGCUCCGUCACCUGGAAUUCAAGUGCCGCAAUAUCCUGCGAGCACAGAAGAUGCAGCAGUUACGGGAGCGUUGCAUGAAGGCCUGGUUGCUGGAGGAGGAAGGACUGUAUACCUUGGAAGGGGAACCUAAGAAACACGAGUUGUCUGACAUCACUGAGCUGCCAGAGCGCUCGGAUAAGGACAGCACCAGUGCCUACAACACUGGGGAGAGCUGCCGAAGCACCCCCUUGCUGGAGAGCCCUUUGCGCCGCUUGGCCGAGCACCCCAACCUCAACCGGACUGCCCCACCUUCACCGCCACAGCCCAAAUUCCGUCGGGAAGAGCGGGUACGGCGUAGCCCCAAAGCAGCCGGGGAAGGCAGCCCUUACUUGAGUCGGCGGCAGAGGGAAGAGCUGCCUGCUCCCAUCAGCCCUAUGAGCUUAGCCAGCAUAUGCAAAGACUCUCUUGGGGGCAAAGGAGAGCCCCGCAUGGAAUGGAAAGUGAAGGUCCGCAGCGAUGGCACGCGCUACGUGGCCAAGAGGCCAGUGAGGGACAGGCUGCUCAAAGCCAGGGCCAUGAAGAUCCGCGAGGAACGUAGCGGCAUGACUACAGACGAUGAUGCUGUCAGCGAGAUGAAGAUGGGGCGGUACUGGAGCAAGGAGGAGCGGAAGCAGCACUUGAUCCGUGCCCGUGAGCAGCGGAAGCGCCGCGAGUUUAUGAUGCAGAGCCGGCUUGAGUGCUUGAGGGAACGGGAAGGUAGUGAAGCCCGGGGAGUGUCUGGUGAGGUCAACAUCUUGGCCCUGAGUCACCGCAAAACCAUGAAGAAACGGAGCCGGCGUAUCCUGGAUAACUGGAUAACCAUUCAAGAGAUGCUGGCACAUGGCACCCGCUCAGCUGACGGACGCAGGGUUUACAACCCACUGCUGUCUGUCACCACCGUUUGAGGGCAUCGGAAGAGAGCUGCGGUGUUCUCUUUCCCUCCAGGUGUGCUAGAGACAGAAUAGAUGGGUCAAUCUCUUUGAACACACCAGGGAAACUUUUAUUAUUUGCCGUCUGAGCUCUGUGGAGCUAGGAAGGGCCCUACUCUUUGAACCUCAUUUAGAGUGGACAGUAAGCUCAGCAUCCCUUCCUGCCUUAAGAACUAGGGAGCAAGAGGGGGCCAUAGCCCUGAGGACUUGCUUCAGAGAGGUCCAGUUUUUUCCACCACUGGAUGUGCAAACAGUCUGUAUUGAAGGUGUUUGCGCAGGGUGACUCUUUCACCCAACUCUUAUGGAUAGCUUUUGCCAGCUUAUCUCCCUGCAAAUUACAUUCAGAAGCACAAGGAAUCAGCUGUUUUACAUACAGUGUGCAGAGCACAAGGGAAGUGGGAAGGCUCACCCCGUACAGGUCGCCGAGACCAGAAAGACACCUCCCACACAGACACACACGGGAUGUUGUGACAUCUUUCUCGUUUUCUUUCUCUCUCUUUUCUCUUUUGUGGUUGUGGCUCUCAAUUUCUUUUUCAUUUCUCUAUUUGAAUGGAAGCUUGGGCCCUGGCGGCUCAUCCCACAAGCGACUGCUGGUCCUCUUCCUGCAUUUUCUGUCAUCUGAUUAUCCCACCCACCUGCCCCAUGGAGGGGGUGGCAGCUUAGCAGGGGGAGACUGUGGAACAAAUAGCUUGUGGUAAAAACCCUGUAU